UGCCUUCAGCAUGGGAUCUGUUACACUUUGUAAGAGAAUGUAAUAAUUAGUUUCUUUGUUUAAAAAAUAAAAAUAAAAAAGUAUACCUUUUCACACAGAUCGUCAUUUCAAGUUGCAGCUAAGGUAUGUACUGUUAACUUGUACACAUAUUGUAUUUGGUUUUUUUGGUCAAUUAGUUUUUUAAUUCUAAUUUAUAUUGACAAAUCGUUAAGUAAAAAAUGAAAAAUAAAAUCCCUGUUAGCGAAUUUAGAGGAAGCAUAUUUUUUUUUCCUGUUUCUUGAUGCUAUUUACAUUUAAGAUGUUUUAAAUUUAAAAAAAAAACAAAAACAAAUAGUGUGGGUAUUAGUAGUCUUGUUAAAACUCGUUUUAAAAAGGACUGACCUUUUAGUUAGAGUAGCAGAGAAGAACACUAAAAGUCCCUUUGAUACACUUAGUCAUUUAUUCAACUCGAAUCUUGUACUCAAUAGUCAUUUUAUAUGAAACUCGAUACACGAUGGGAUUAACGAUUUUUAAACACUGCAGCAAAAGAAAUAAUGCAUUGUGUCUUUCUUUGUUUCAGCCUACAAAUUAAUGGCAAAAGGUAUAGAAAUUUUAACUGCACCUUGGGGUUAUGUAAGUCUUCUAGUUCUGAUGAUGGCAGUACUGCUGUGCUUUGUAAUAAUAUUAUGUACUAGAAAUAGUCGAAACAAAAAGUGUAAGUUAUUUAUGCUUGAGUUUGUCAUCUUUUUUGAAAAAAAAUUUCAUCAGCCACACUAUUUUACGUUUUAAUAUUCAAUCAUAAAUUGUUUAUCAAAAAAUAAAUUUAAAGAACUAGGCUGUUAGAAAAAUGAAGUCGAAAUAAAUAAUUGUCAAACUGUAAAUUCUAUAUGUUCCUUGCAUUGAUUUGUCUUCCCUUUUUCUAGCCAAAUUUUAGUGAAAACAAUACUUGAUCGCUAAAAUAAUUUACAUUAAAUCUAUUCUUGAAUUAUGAAAUAUAGUUUUGUUUUACAAAACUUUUUUUUAAAAAUUAUUUUUUUAAAGAAAAUAUUUGGCAAGCUUCCAUAUUUGUUUUGAUAUAAAUACAUUAUAUGAUAAUUCUCUAGUUAUCCAUGCAUGGCUGUAAUGAUGUGUUCAGUAAAUAGAAUUCCAGGAAGGUGGCACUACUUGGUAUUCUUAUGAGUGCUUUUCUUAAAUACAAUAUUCAUCAAGUAACUCGAGAAGCUGGGAAGUUAACGCAUUGCUGCCGUCAGUGUUUGGCCGGUUCUUUCUAGUAUGUAUACAUUGUGUGUAUAUAUGUAAUUGAUCAUACAUUACUUUUGUCUAACUUAUAAACACACAUAUAUUACCCUCAGCCUCGGAAGCUCAGAUAGAAGAAGCAAAGGAAGAAGAGGAAAAGUCUGAGAUACGUACACAAGAAGAAAUGCGUAGGAGUGACACAAUCAAAUACGUCAAAUUGAACAUUGAAAAAGACAAGUCAUCUUCAAGUCCAGAGUCUGAGCACAUUUCUGACGAAACGCCACAGGCGCACCAUUACGAAAAUGUGAACACCAUGGUCGCAGAUGUCCAUUUAGCAUGCGACGGUGGUGGUGGUGGUUCAAGUAAAGAAAUCCCCGUAGAACAUAUAUAUGACACGGUGAAGCCAAAACCACAUAUUGACAAUCCAUAUGCAAAUGUUGAAUAUAAAGCACCGAGCUAGGAGCAUGGUGGGUGUAUUCAUCACACAUACAACGAACUCUAUUUAAA